GGCGUCCCGAGGCGAGGCGCUGACGUGAGCUUGGCUCACCUGGGCGGGGAAGGUGAGGGCUGGUGUGGGACUGGGAGCGGAGCCUGCAGUCCCUACCUGCGCAGAGCCAGGUGUUGCUUGCCCAACCGGCCGAGGAGAGCAGUGGCGACGGGUGAUCCUGACUGGGGACUUGGUUCGGAGGGACGUUCGCUUCUGGCAGCCGGAUUGAAGAAAGGUGGGGACGCCAACGUCUGGAGCCUCGCUUGAGGGAGGGAGGACACGCCCGCCGGUGAAGAAGCGUCCCCUCCAGAGUUUGUGGGGGCACCCAAUCUGGGCAGGCCUUUGUUUCCCGCUGUGAGUGCUGGCCGCUGCCACCGAAUGUUAUCUGCUACGCUAUGCCCUUUAUGAGAAUCAAUUGCAGACUUUACCCAGGCUGGCUCCUGCAACCAAUCAGUUCAAUUCGGCCUCUGUGGGGAGGUAAACAGACCCAGAACCUUUGGGUGGCCCAGAGAAAGGAAAACUGACUUGAGGCCCAGCUCUCAGAUCCCUGUGGAUACAACUGCCUGCUCAUCUAUAUCAUGGCUCUCCACCCCCGCAGAGUUCGGCUGAAGCCCUGGUUGGUGGCCCAAGUGGAUAGUGGCCUGUAUCCUGGGCUCAUCUGGCUACAUAGGGACUCCAAACGCUUCCAGAUUCCCUGGAAACAUGCCACCCGGCAUAGCCCCCAACAGGAGGAGGAAAAUACCAUUUUCAAGGCCUGGGCUGUGGAGACAGGGAAGUACCAGGAAGGGGUGGACGACCCCGACCCAGCUAAAUGGAAGGCCCAGCUCCGCUGUGCGCUCAACAAGAGCAGGGAAUUCAACCUGAUGUACGAUGGCACCAAGGAGGUGCCCAUGAACCCCGUGAAGAUAUAUCAAGUGUGUGACAUCCCCCAGCCCCAGGGCUCGAUCAUUAACCCAGGAUCCACUGGGUCUGCUCCUUGGGAUGAGAAAGAUAAUGAUGCGGAUGAAGAAGAUGAGGAAGAUGAGCUGGACCAGUCACAGCACCACGUUCCCAUCCAGGACACCUUCCCCUUCCUGAACAUCAAUGGUUCUCCCAUAGCACCAGCCAGUGUGGGCAACUGCAGCGUGGGUAACUGCAGUGUGGGCAACUGCAGCCCCGAAGCAGUGUGGCCCAAAACGGAACCUCUGGAGAUGGAAGUACCCCAGGCACCUAUACAGCCUUUCUAUAGCUCUCCAGAGCUGUGGAUCAGCUCUCUCCCAAUGACUGACCUGGACAUCAAAUUUCAGUACCGUGGGAAGGAGUAUGCGCAGACCAUGACGGUGAGCAACCCCCAGGGCUGCCGGCUCUUCUAUGGAGACCUGGGUCCCAUGCCUGACCAGGAGGAGCUCUUUGGUCCCGUCAGCCUGGAGCAGGUCAAGUUCCCAGGUCCGGAGCACAUCACCAAUGAGAAGCAGAAGCUGUUCACCAGCAAGCUGCUAGACGUCAUGGACAGAGGACUGAUCCUGGAGGUCAGCGGUCAUGCCAUCUAUGCCAUCAGGCUGUGCCAGUGCAAGGUGUACUGGUCUGGGCCAUGUGCCCCAUCGCUUGUUGCCCCCAACCUGAUCGAGAGACAAAAGAAGGUCAAACUGUUUUGUCUGGAAACGUUCCUUAGUGAUCUCAUUGCCCACCAGAAAGGACAGAUAGAGAAACAGCCACCAUUUGAGAUCUACUUAUGCUUUGGGGAAGAAUGGCCAGAUGGGAAACCUCAGGAAAGGAAACUCAUCUUGGUUCAGGUCAUUCCGGUGGUGGCUCGGAUGAUCUAUGAGAUGUUUUCUGGUGAUUUCACACGAUCCUUUGACAGUGGCAGUGUCCGCCUGCAGAUCUCAACUCCAGACAUCAAGGAUAACAUUGUUGCUCAGCUGAAGCAGCUGUACCGCAUCCUUCAAACCCAGGAAAGCUGGCAGCCCAUGCAGCCCACCCCCAGCAUGCAACUGUCCCCUGCCCUGCCAGCCCAGUAAUCAUGAAUGCCAUCUUCCUUCUCUUUUUUACAGUAUUGUACAUAUGGAUAUUUUUUAUUAGUCAGAUUUAACCAGCUUUUAAACCUGUCUUCUUUCUAACAAUAUUAGUACUCUCUGACUCUCCAAAUAUGCCUAGCUUUUAAAGUUGAUUUAAUUUAUGGAAAAAUCACCCUUCAUACUUUCCCUUUCUUUUUUAAACCUCCCCAUGGUAGUGUAAUGUAGUAGAAGGAGAUUUGGCCUGGGAGUUUGGACACCAGGGUUCUAGCUGCAGCUUUGCUUCCAGUGGUGUGACCUUGAACCAAGUCAUUUAGCCUCUGGGCUUCAGAUUCAUUACUGUAAAAUGAAGGAGUUGGAAUGAUGCCUGAAAUAAUGCCAGCUUUAAAACUCUGACUCAGUGACUUCAUUCUACUUGUACAAGGCCAAACUGCCUGGAACAGAACAUUUCUGCCUUGUUCUUGCACCACAUUUUUUUUUUUUUUUUUUGCUUUCAUUAAAGUUCCCUCAAGCACUGAUUUGUCCAGGAUUGAUCUCCGUUUGACCUGUUCUGCUAGUAUAGUAAGCUGGCUCCCUGAUGGGGGAAGAGGGAGGGAGGGGCGCCGGCUGGUUGCUUGGGAACCAAGCUAGAUAUCUAAAUAGAAAUAGGUGCCAAAGUCUGAAAGUCACCCAGCCUGCGGAGCAAAAACUCACAAAUUGAGCUUCUGAAGGGAAGCUGUUGAUGUAGAAGGCUUAGGGAUUCUGUAGAAGAAUUGGUCGUCAGGUUUUCAACUCAUCACCACUGAAAUACGGACAUACUUCAGAGAUAUUGCAGGGCUAGUCCCAAACCACUGCAAUAAAGUGAAUAUUGCAAUAAAGCAAGUCACACAAAUUUUUUGGUUUCCCAGUGCAUAUAAAAGUUAUGUUUACAUUAUACUGUAGUCUGUUAAGUGUGCAAUAGCAUUAUGUCUAAAAAUACAAAUGCGCAUACCUUAAUUAAAAAUACUUGGGGACUUCCCUGGUGGUGCAGUGGUUAAGAAUCUGCCUGCCAAUGCAGGGGACAUGGGUUCGAGCCCUGGUCUGGGAAGAUCUCACAUGCCACGGAGCAACUAAGCCCGUGUGCCACAACUACUGAGCCUGCGCUCUACAGCCCGAGAGCCACAACUACUGAGCCCGCGUGCUGCAACUACUCAAGCCUGCGCGCCUAGAGCCCGUGCUCCACAACAAGAGAAGCCACGUCAAUGAGAAGCCCGUGCACUGCAAUGAAGAGUAGCCCCCCCUCGCUGCAACUAGAGAAAGCCCGCGCACAGCAACAAAGACCAAACGUAGCCAAAAAUAAACAAUAAAUAAAUUAAUUAAAAAAAAAUAAAGAUACUUGAUUGCUAAAAAAUGGUAAUGAUCAUCUAAGCCUUCAGCAGGUCAUAAUCUUUUUGCAAUAGUUACAUCAAAGAUCACUGAUCACGGAUCACCGUAACAAACAUAACAAUAAAAAAGUUUAAGUAUUGUGAGAACUACCAAAACAUCACACACAGACAUGAAGUGAAAAAAUGCUGUUGGAAAAAUGGCGCCAAUAGGCUUGCUUGACGCAGGGUUGCCACAAAUCCUCAAUUUGUAAAAAACAGUAUCUGCAAAGUGCAAUAAAGCAAAACACAAUAAAAUGAGGUAUGUCUGUA